AUGCAAGCCGAAGUAGACCCCACGCAGGACACCGAGUUCCACGACGCCCUUCGGGCGCAUGGCAUCAUCCCGCCCAAACCACCAUCGCGCUCUCCCUCACCCGAGCUGCCCUCCGCAUCCGAGCUGCGAUCGCAAUCGCUCAAACAGGCCACUGUCGACGAUUUGGAUCUCGAGCUCGAAACCGCGCUGGACGAUGAAGAGGAAAAGCUGUUGGAAAAGAUCCGUCGGCAGCGCAUGUCGCAGUUGCGCGCCGAGACCAAGAAAGCGCGUUUUGGCCGAGUCUAUCCCAUCAGCAGGCCGGACUACACGCGCGAGGUGACCGAGGCGAGCAAGGUGGAUCCCGAUGCAGAUCCGGACUCCACCACAAACGAAAGCGGGGAAUGGGCGGAUAAGCAGCGCACAGGCGGCACCGGCGUCGUUUGCUUCCUGUACAAGAAUGGGAUUGACACAUGUCGUCUCCUCGCCAGCUUCCUCGAUACGCUCGCAGCCAAAUACCCCGCAACCAAAUUCGUCAGCAUCGUCGGAGACCAGUGCAUUCCCAACUACCCAGAUCGAAACCUACCCACACUGCUCAUUUAUAGGAACGGCGAGCUGCAUCGCCAGAUCGUAGGGUUGAGACCCGAGAUCGGAUUGGAUGGCAUGAAGACCAAGUGCGAGGAUAUUGAGCUGCUCUUGACAGCAGUAGGGGCCAUUCAGAGGUCACAGGUGCCAGGUGCACCGACACAUGCCGGAUCGCAGAAGCCGGAUACGAUCGAGGAAGGCGACGAGGAGGAAGAGGAGGAUGGUGGAUCGAGACAGAGAAGUAUUAGGGAUUCGGGGAGGCAAAAGACACAGGAGGAGUUGGACGACGAGCUGGAUUGGGAUUGA